AUGAGGUCCACUUUUGCGUUAGUUUUAGCUCUGGCAUGUCUUCUUUUCGCGUGCAUUACACUCGGUUCCGCAAAGAAAUCUGGGGAUGUGGCGGAUCUGCAGAUCGGUGUGAAGUACAAGCCCAAGAUUUGCGAGGUUCAAGCUCACAAAGGCGACAGGGUCAAAGUACAUUACAGGGGAAAGCUAACAGAUGGAACCGUUUUCGAUUCCAGCUUUGAAAGGGGGGAUCCAAUUGAAUUUGAACUUGGUAGUGGUCAAGUGAUUAAAGGUCGGUGGGACCAAGGACUGCUUGGGAUGUGCAUGGGAGAGAAAAGGAAGUUGAAAAUUCCUUCUAAACUUGGUUAUGGAGAAAACGGAUCCCCACCUACAAUUCCAGGAGGUGCGACCCUCAUUUUCGACACCGAGUUGGUUGGAGUCAAUGGGAAAACGUUGACAAAUGAGAAAUCAGACAGUGAACUAUAA